AUGGUUUCUACAGCCUUGUAUUUUGUUCUGCCCAUUAUAGACGCUGUAGUUCAGACUGCAGGUGUGAGUACUGCUAUUAACCGUGUUGACUGCGUAAAGGCCAAUGAACUAUGUACCGGCGACCCAGCCUGCAGCAGCAAGUAUCGUACCCUUAGGCAAUGCCUGGCCGGCAGCGCCAGCAUGGUUACCGGACCCGAAGCCAAGAAUGAGUGCAUUAGCGCCAUGGAGGCAGUACAGCAGAGCCCACUGUAUAACUGCAGGUGUAAAAGGGGCAUGAAAAAUGAGAAACGAUGUCUUCGAAUCUACUGGAGCAUUCACCAAAGGUUUACAAUUACUGGUCAUGAUCUGGUCGGUUCUCCCUAUGAGCCAUUGAACAAUAGACUUUCGGACAUAUUCAGGGCAGCAUCCAUCAUCUCAGGUGCAGAACCAAUAGGUUCGAAGGGGAACAGCUGUUUGGACGCUGCCAAAGCUUGCAACUUAAACGACAACUGCAAAAAAUUCCGAUCGAUGUACAUCUCGCCCUGCACGGCCCGUGUCUCUGCGUCAGAGAUCUGCAACCGGAGGAAAUGCCACAGAGCUCUCCGGCAGUUCUUCGAUCGUGUCCCUGCGAAGUACACCUAUGGAAUGCUGUUCUGCUCCUGCCGGGACACGGCGUGCACGGAACGGAGACGGCAGACGAUUGUGCCUAUUUGUUCAUACCAGGACAAAGAAAAGCCAAAUUGCCUGUCUUUGGCUGGUAUGUGCAAGACAAAUUACAUCUGCAGGUCAAGGCUAGCAGAUUUCAUCACAAACUGUCAGCCAGAAUCUCGUUCCGCAAGUGGCUGCUUAAGGCAGAAUUAUGCAGCCUGCUUACUUGCUUAUUCGGGACUCAUAGGAACUGUCAUCACCCCAAACUACAUUGACUCAACUGGGAUCAGUGUGGCACCAUGGUGCACCUGUAAUGGGAGUGGGAACCAAAAGGAAGAGUGCGAAGAGUUCCAGAACUUCUUUAAAGACAACAGAUGUUUCAAAAAUGCCAUACUCGCAUUUGGUAAUGGCACUGAUAUGAAUGUUUGGCAGUUAAUACCCCCUGCGCCAACCCAAACCACAAUCAAACAGAAGUAUACAUCACAACCUAAUACUGAGUCGGUGAGCCAUGCCAAUGAAAUCAACUCAGUCGACGACGAGAGCAUUCUUCCUUUGUGUGCAAAUUUACAGGCACAGAGACUACACUCCAAUGUAUCAGUAAGCCAGGACUUUUGUAUUACAGAGACACAGAGCUCUACUUCAAAUGAUAAGGAGAUUUCUGCAAUACAAUCCAAAGAACAGACAUCUCGAGGGACUUCAGCUGCUAUCAGUCGAGAGGGUCACAUCAGUACAGUGUUGUGGGUGAUCACUAUUGCACAUUCAACUUUUUUUUGCUUCUACUCAACAGAAACAUUGUAG